GACCUCUUUUAAAUAUGUGGUGUAAUACAUUGUCAUUAACGUGUUGUUAGGCUUAGCAGACGCGGAACAUUUAUAUUCAUGUGAUCGUUGCGGGCCUCGAAUCCUACUUGGUAACCGGCUGCCAGGAACUGAAUAACACCCGCAGUGAUUGGCUGCCCGUUUGCAGUGCGCGAUGGUGCAACUUACGGUGAAUAGAGUUUUGUCUGGGGAAGGUGGGCCGGAACCCAAUGAAAAAGAAUGUUCCUGGUUGGCCUGACUGGAGGGAUUGCCUCCGGGAAAAGCACGGUUGCUACUUUGUUUCGUGAACUUGGAUGCCCUGUUAUAGAUUCCGAUCAGAUAGCAAGACAGGUUGUUGAGUUGGACUCCCCUGUGUACUGGGCAAUAGUGCGUUCCUUUGGUGAGGAGAUCCUGCUGGAGGACAGAACCAUCAACAGGGAGAAACUGGGCAGCAUCAUUUUCUCCAGCAGGGAGAAACGGCUGCUCCUGAAUUCCAUCACUCAUCCGGCAAUCCACAGAGCCUUGUUCAAACAAGUUUUUAUAUAUUUUAUUCAAGGGUAUCGAUAUGUUAUUCUUGAUGUCCCACUCUUGUUUGAAACAAAUAAGGUGGCUAAAUUUAUGAAGCAUACUAUAGUUGUUUACUGUGACCCUCAGGCCCAGUUGACCAGAUUGAUGAAGAGAAAUAACCUGAUCCAGGCUGAAGCAGAGCAACGCAUUAGUGUUCAGAUGCCAUUGGAACAGAAGUGCAAGCUGGCAAACCAUGUGAUCGAUAACUCUGGGGAUCCUGCCAGUACAUACCGGCAGGUUUGCAAACUGCACUCUCAGCUUGAAGACUCCAUGGAUUUUUUAGCAGUAAGAUUGUUUGCUGUGGUCACCCUUACUGCUUUUGGCGGCCUUUUGUACAUGUUCAUUAAAAAAUUUAUUUUUUAAGGUCUGCUGUGAACGAUCAAAUCAGGACAGACAUUUUGUCUUACCACAAAAUGGGCCCAAUGUAAGUGGGAAUAUUAAACAGGGUAUGGAUGUACUGCUAGUGAGCAAUCUUUGUUUAAACAUUUCUCUUCAUUAUCUUCCUUCCUCUUUCAUUGAUAUGAGAUUGAAGAGAUCUCGUGCAAAUUAUCAAUAGUCAGUCUUCUGCUUUGUCAACUUCUCAGAACUAAAUUGUAGCAUUCGUGAUGACAUUUCCAGAGCAUUGAGAUGGCCACAGCAUUAAACCAAGUAUAUAGCCUUUAUUUGAAUAUCAGGGACUCAUUCAUGGAUACACUUUACUUCAAUGUUUAAUCAGAGUGAGCACAUGAGAAAUGUUUGUGAAAGUUGUCCUCUGUGCCCUGCAGAUACCCAAAACUGUUGAUAUUUCUGUAAAGAGUCACAGGUAAAUCCAAACUAGGCCAAUGCCAUUAUACAAAGCUGAUGUCCUAUUACCUGUUUCUUCCUCAGUAAUAUGUGGUGCAGUUAAGGUGAUAUGGUGUGUGGGUUGUGACAUCAGCAUACACCCUAUCCUCGUUAUUUGUGGGGGAUACGUUCCUCGUAGUCGACAUGUAAUGUGAAUAAUUAUUUAAAUGGAGAAAAUAGGGAUGCAUUCCAGAGGGCUUCCUAAAUAUGUUUUAUCUAAUUUAUUCCCAUUUUCAUUCCAAUACGACACAAAAGCAGUACCACAAUGCAAAAUUCAUAUUAUAUUUAAUCAACUUAAGGUAAUAUUCAACAUAAUAAAUCAUAGAAAGUUAACAUACUAGGGUGUACAGUACUCAUCAACAGUGACAGGUGUGUUCGUUCCGGGAGAUGAGUGGUUGUUGCGGUGUCGGGCAGCUUUCCAUGGAUGAGGUGGAUGGUUGUGAGUCGUCAGGAUCAUCAAGCACAGCAAGGGGUGAAGGAAGACUCACAGAACUUAGAACUGCCGGCAGCAGGAGAUGACACCGGUUUGAAGAAAGUGGUGACGGUUGUUUGCUUGGCAGCGUUUUGUCUUUCAGCAUAAAUUUGCUUGUAGGGAAGAAGGGUUGAUGGCAGGGAACGACUGAAAUGCUGACUCCAUUCUAAACUUGGGUCCACGUCCAUCACCAUUUGUGCCAAGUGUUUCGACUUCCACCAUUCCCUCACUGUUAGUAACCUCCUGGGAUUUUCAAAAUCAUCUGUUGCUUGCAGCAUCUGAGAGAUGCUGCAAACUACGCCUUGAAUGUGGAUCACACCUUGGUGGAGUGGUCGAAUCAGCGAUGUUGUCUUAGGUGGCAGGAAACGCACUGUUAUGUUAGGAUGAAUGCUGUCCAAAUGUUCAGGAUGGGCUGGCACAUUGUCAAGCAACAAAAGAACUUUAAAGGCAAGAUUCUGUUCCUGGCAGUAGCAUCCCAGAGCUGUGUUACCUUUACCUGAUGCCGCAUUGUUCAUUCAUAAUUUCCAACUUUUUUUCAAGUAUUAAAGUGGUCCUCUGCCGCUCGACUGAUGGCCCUUGGCAUGACAUCAUAAGCUUAGGAGGCAUAGUUAAAUAUUUCAAGCACAAAAAUCACUGCACCAUAGGUAAAACCAACAAAAGUUUAAAAGCGCAAGAUCGCACAUCCACACCUUGCCAAAACCAAUGCGAGACUGGUGGGAGUGAGAUUGUGAGGCGUGCACACCUGACUUGUAUUGGUGGGAAAGCAGUGCUUCUCAUCCCAACAGUGAGAAUGUGAGGCGUGCGCAAGUGACUUGUGUUGGCGGGAAGGCAGUGCUCCUCGCAUAACUCUGAGUUUUGGAUGCAUAUAAGGAAACAUUGGUAGAAAUAGGUUCCUUGCAUAACUGUGAAUCCACAUAGUCUGAAGAUGCAUAUAAUGAGGAUAGGGUGUAUCUAUUGCUCAGUGCUGUGACUUGGGACAGUUGGAACCCCACCGUUGUUCUUUUAAUAAUGUCCUGCAUGUUGGAAUCACUUUAUUUGAGCAGGUGAGGUGGGUCAGUGUGCAUGGUGGUAGUUAAUAUAUUCUUCGUGGCUUAGGCACUGGGACAGAUUUGGCAUCCUGAUCAAGGAGAGUAAUGUGACUUAAACAUAUGGGACCAGUAGUUUGUUCAAUUCCAUUGGUUUCAUUGCAUAAUGUAGCAGCAUCCACUUGCAGUCUAAUUACCAUGUGAGAUCAUCUUGAAGACUUUUUUUUGAUUUCUUAUUCAAUUCAAUGAUAUGGAUUUUGCCACCUAACUUUCUUGCAUCAAAGAAAACACAUAUGAUGCAAAAUUGAACAAUGGUGAUAAUGGAGCAAGUGCAAAACAGGCUGCCAAACUGCUGUUUUUUUUGCCAUCAAGAUUGGAUGAAGUGUUAAGUGGUUUGCAAGUAUGCUAUUGUCUACACUCAUCAAAGACCAGAUACUUCUAUGGACAUUUGCAAAAGGAGCAGACAUCAUUUAAACAGUACUGAGUUUCUAUUGUCAUGGCUUUCCAGUCAUGCACCUAACCAAGUAACCAUUCUCAUGCUGAGCCUUAACAGUGAUAGAGUGCAGACUAGAUUCUAUUGGGUGGGGGUGAUGAGAAGGCUGCUAUACACUUUAGGCACUCAUUGUAUUUUCCUGCCAGCAAUGGAAAUUACUCAAUACAGAAUUGUUUCCUCCUCCGCAUCCCACUAUCAAUCUAAGGGGUUUGGCACAGUUGUUACUAUUUUACUGGCAAGUGAAAUUGCCUAAAUUGCUGCAUACUUGCAUGCUCAACUUUUUCUGAGAAUAUUUUGUAGCUCCAGAAUAAUAAGAUUGUACUAAUUUGUUUCAAUGUUCAUGAGAAGAUGAGAUAAGAAUUCAUUUGGGGGCCAAAGUGAGUGUCCUGUGUUGCAAUACAGUCAAAUGAAAUCUCUCUGCCAGGGAAGGUAAAUGCCCUUGCCACCUCAGUUUUGGCUGCAUUCUCAGUUCAGGGUAAAUGACAGAAAUUAAAAUCAAACAUUGGUGCCAUGAAGGUUCACUUUGUGUCCAUCUAAUUUAAGCCUCAAGAUGCCCCGAGCAUAUUGAGAUGCGGAUAAGACUCCCACAUGUGCAUUCUGUGUAAUUGUUCAAAUAGGAAGCUUGUAAUUGAGUUGCUUUCCUUGAACUUUGUAAAUGUGUCUAACAGGUAUAAAUAAAACAACAUUGGCUUUGAAUUAGUUUGAAAACAAUGUUAGUUAAGGUUGAUUGUUCUGUUGAAAUUAUUUUCUACUUUGCUGAACUGAUAGUUCUGCCAGCACUAAUCUUUAAGAACCUGUCUUCCACAUUUUGUGUCAGUAUGAGGAUAAUCUUCAAAAAGUGUGAGACUAAUAACAUAUGACAUUUUCUGUCAUUUGGUGUGUCAGUAAGGCAUUGCCUGAUUCUUCAGAAUCUUAUUACUGUAUGUAGAGCAGUUAUAUUUUCCAAGCAAAAAUGAAAUAAAAAAUGUCAAUAAGUA